CCCAGCUUGUCCUGGACUGUCCCAAAAAGCUGUCAGCCAUAUUGGUGUAUUGUAUUUUUCGCAGAGUGAUUUUGAAGUGAAUUAAGGUAUUUCUCGCACUUUAUUCACGUUGUAUCUACGCUCACAUAUUAUUUAAAAACAUAGUGUUUUUGGAUCAACUUCGUCGUGUCCUUUAAUACAUCGUGUUCAGAAUUUAGAUCAUCAUGACGGAUUCUUUGAAGUUCGGCCCAGAAUGGUUGCGCAAUCUAGCAGGAGACAAUUGCAGUGCCGGUGGGGGUGGUGGUGGUGGUUUGACAAGCCUUAUUGCUCCUCGGUAUCAGCUAGCCGAUCAUAGAUAUGGUCGAGAAGAAAUGCUAGCUCUUUUCGACCGUAAUUAUAAACCGCCUGAAACAUUAUCAAGUUUCGGAGCUAUAUUUGCCGACAAAGCCCAACUACCACUGGCUUUAAUUCAAAUGACAGAGGAUGAAAUGCGACUGUGGAAUGGUGGAAUAACAAGCACGCCUGGUCGAGGAAGAGGAGGUAGUGUUGAUCGUGGGGGGCGUGGAAGAAUCGGAAGAGGUGGUCUAUACUCUUCUUCCUAUUCACGUGGUUUCGAGGAAUCAGGAGACGGAUCUAGAAGCGAUACACAACCUUUUUCCGCAAGAAGCAGACCAUACGAAAGGUCACAAAGUGAACGCGGUUGGUCUGAAAGAAACGGGAUUGCGGAUCCAGGGGAGUGGAAUGGUUCAACUAGUCCACGAAAAGAAUUAGGUCGUGGACCAAGUGGGGGUUCCCUCAUGGAAAGUAAUUGGCGUCGUCAUCGAGGUGGCAGUGAGGAUGACGACGGCUGGAGGGUUACUUCCAACAGUCGAAGCGACAAAUGGGGAGGGAAAGGUAAUUGGCGCGAUGGAGGCAAUUCUGAUAAAGACAAACCUGACGGGGAAGGCGAAGAAAAUCGAAUUGCAGGACGUUGGGAGCACAGGGGAAAUCAUAGAGGUCCUUAUGAUGCGUCCCAUCAUCCACCAUCUCGCAGACCUUGGGAUCCUAAUCACCAUGAUAACCACGACAACCUUCCAGAAUGGGCGACUGAAAAUCCAAGUGAAAGUGGAGGUAGUUUCGAUGCUUCAGGCGCUUUCCAUGGUGGAAUGUAUUCAGACGAUGACGAGGAUGGGGGCCAAGGCGGUGACGCUUCACACGAGCCAAAAACGCGUAAAGUGUCCGAGGGAAACACGUCGAAGCAGAAUAAUAAACAUUCAGCGCAGGACCAAUUGACAAAGCGUCAAACGUACACGUCAACGACGACGACGACAGCGACGGCGACAACGGCCACAGCGACGACAAUCAACGCCGCAAAUAAAGAGCGAGCCAAAUCAUUACACCCAUUCGAGGAUAAAGGCGAUCAGGAGAGACCAAGUCUCUCACCGCCAAGAACCACCACAUCGAGGAACAGCACCGCACCAAUGAAAGCUCCGCCACCCACUCCCGAAUCUAAAGCUCAUCACGAAAACUUCCCGUCCAGAAAAGCACUGCCUACCGAGCAGCAGGCACACAGUGAAAAAUUAAACGAUGCCGACAGGAAGCCCAUUGAGAGCAGUAAAUUCAAGGAGAACAACGAGGAGAAUUUAAAUAUAGAUCCUGCUGUGAUACUGAUGAGUCGACAGCCUCCGCAAUUGAAAACGGGCUUCAUCAACACUGCAAGUGUCAUGAAUCAAAUGAAUCAGAAAAUGGACGAGCAUUUGGAUAGAAUGGAUCAGGAGGCGGACGCUCUGGUUGCCAAAUUGAUGUCGGAAGACGGCGGCCAUAGGGGCGAACAGGUCAAUCCUCCCGAUUCGAAUUCAAUUCAAAAUUUGGAUAAUUCCAGUGUUUUGGAAAAGUGGUUUUACCGCGAUCCACAGGGUGAAGUUCAGGGUCCAUUUUUGGCUAGUGAAAUGGCCGAGUGGUGGAAGCAAGGCUACUUCUCGGCAAGUCUACUCGUUAGGCGAACUUGCGACGAAAGAUACGCUUCCCUCGGAGAUCUGAUGAAUAUGUACGGACGAGUUCCGUUUAAGCCCGGACCUCUGAUUCCUCCACUCAAAAUGUCAAGUCAAAAUCCCGGUGUUCCAAAUCCAGUGUUACCUGGAAUGCCAGGCAGCAAUUUACCAAAACCAGCGAUCGACGAUCCAAUGUUGUUACUUCAAUAUCAGAGGCUUCAACUAAUGCAAAAUCAAAUGUUCCUCCGGCAAAUGGCGAUCGCUAAACUUUCACAAUCGGAGCAUUGGGCGUCGUUGAGUCCAAUUGAACAGAAUCAAUUAAUAUUACAAUAUGUCAUUCAGGAGUCGGAAUUAUCAGACAUGCAAAUGAAUCAUAAUCCAUUUGUGACACCUUUGGCAACACAGACAUCAAAUCCUGUGAUGCAAUUGUUCAAUCAAAUGCAGACAAAAACACAGUUGGAGAAUCAUUUGGCGGCAAGCGGUCAUCCAACAAAUGCGGCGCAUUCAGCGCCACUUGGAUUUUUGCAGCAAAUGAUUCAAGAGAGAAAUAAUCCACAAAAUUUACCGGGAAUGCAAACUUCGCCUAUGGUUGUCAAUCCCGCACCGACUCAAGAAAAUAAUGCUAUUAAAUCAUUGCUGAGACAGUUGAAUGUUCACGCGAACGGACAUCCACAAGUUCCAGUUGAUUCUGUUUGGCCCCAACCGCCGCCUCACAUUGCCACUCCGUUUAAUGCACAAAAUUGGCUCACGCAGGUUGGACCAAUACCAGCAAUGCCACCUGGACAAAUACCAAAUUCAUUGUGGGAUGUGCACGGCAAAGAUAUUAAGACUGAGCAACAAAUAUUAGAAGAGCAAAAACUUAGGCUACAAGAUGAUAAGAAAGAAGAAAUGAAAAAGUUAGAGGAGAUAAAACGACACAAUGAGGAGGUGUUGAAACAACAUCAAGAAGAGCGAGCGAAAAAAGCAGAAGAAGCAAAACGACUCGAGGAGGAGAAGAAGCGAAUUGAGGAUGAGAAGAAGAAGCGAAUCGAGGAAGAGAGGAAGCGUAUUGAGGAGGAAAAAUUCAAAGAGGAAGAAUUGAGAAAGAGAGAGGAGAAGAAACGUAAAGAAGAGGAGCGAAAGAAAGAGGAGAAGCGAAGACAGGAUGAAGAAUUGAAUAAGAAAAGACAGGAGGAGGAAAAGAAGCGAAAGGAAGAGGCUCGAAGGCAAGAGGAGAAAUUGAGAAAGGAAGAGGAGAAACGCAAGAAAUUGGAAGAGGAGCAAAAGCGAUUAGAGGAGGAGGUCCGAAAGAAGGAAGAGGCAGCGCAACGUAAAGCCGAGGCGGAAGAACAGGCGCGAAAAGCCGAGCAAAGACGACGUGAACAGGAGGCACUGCGGAAACUCCAGGAACGCAGCAAAGCCCCGUGGGCACAAUCCACAGCGGCUGUCGCUCAAGCCUCGUCUCUCGCUGAUAUUCAAAAACACGAGCGGGAGAAGAAGGCAGAGCAGCAGCGAUUCCAGCAAAUUCUGCAGAUGCAAGUCGCACAACAAAAAGCACUCGAGGCAGCGCAAGAGGCAGUGCAGAUGGACUCUUCGAAGCGCCUACAGUUCAAGUGGGCCGAGAAGACGGCCUCUGCCAGCAAACAGCCGCAGGUCAAGAGUCUCGCGCAAAUCCAACUCGAGGAGCAGGAACGCGUCGCCAAGGAGCGCGAGCGACAGGAGAAAACCGUUCCUAAGGAGCCGGCGAUUUCUCUGCAAAAUGCCGGAAUCUGGGGCACUGCCUCGCAAUCAUUAACCUGGGCGAACUCGACGAGUGCCGGCAGUCAAGCUUGGACCAGCAACACUGGCGGCUUCUGGGACGACAUUCCUCCCGCAAAGUCGAAUGCUCCAGCGAAGCAGCCCGCAAAACCGGCACCUCCCGUCAAAGUGAUUCCUGUACCACAGCCCCAAGCGCAGCAGCUCAAUAAUAAACCCGCGAAGAAUAAGAACAAACGGGAGGAGGAACUCGUGAAGAAGCUCUUUGAGCAGAACACUGCCAAGCCUGACGACUUUACGCAGUGGUGUAGUAAAGCACUCGGUGGACUACAAGUCUCCGUUGAUAUUCCAACGUUCAUUGGAUUUUUGCGGGACAUUGAAUCUGCAUAUGAAGUUAAAGAAUACGUGCGACUCUAUUUGGGUGACGACAGAUGCUGCAUGGAUUUCGCCAGACAAUUUCUAGAGAAACGAAGCAAAUGGCGAUCAGCACAACGUCCUCAGGCACAAGCCGAUGACCUUUGUAAACCAGCUCCUGCCGUCAAUCCAAAUACAUCUACUGAAUUCCAGGAAGUUAAGGGCAAAUCAAAGAAGCCGAAGAAAGGUAAAAUGUUCAAAGUGGACAACAGAAUUCUAGGCUUCAGUGUGACAUCAGCUCCGGAUCGUAUUAAUGUUGGCGAUCGCGAUUACGGAGAAGGAUUCUAAAAGAAAAACACACAUAAUUGCUUCAUCAUUGUUUAAACGAGGAAAUGAAGCAGCGCGGAGUUUGACAGUUGAUUACUUAUUUAUUUAUUGUAGCUAACUGGAUUCAAGGGGAACUCGUCGGUCACACUCCGCGUUUAUUAUUAAAAAAAUUUUCUAUGAAAAUUGCUAUGGAGGAUAUCCGAAGACGACGAGAACCUUUGAAAUCUGCGUAGACGCAGCAGUCUUUCCUCUCUGACAGGAACACCUUUUCAAAGGUACAGUCCUUCUCAACGUAUUAGACAAAUUCAAACCACCGAAUUUUUUGUUAUCAUUCUUAUCAUUUCAAUUCAAAUGUGUUUUUUUUUCGUCCUUAUGCGAACUAAUUGAGAUUAAAUGUUAUAUUUAAAAAAGAAAACUGUAUUAUGACAGUUUUCUUUCUUCUUCUUCUUUUUUAAUUGAAAGAAAUUUGUACACUGUUAAAGAAAUAAUGUCGAAUUUUUUUUUUUUUAUUUGUGAAGAUUUCUUGACUGUUGUGUAAAGUUUCUUGAACUUUUUGUAUUUUUCUAAACUUAUUUCUUAAACUUAAGUAUUUUUUAUAUUUUAAAACUUUUACAUACUUGUGACAUUAGUUCGUUUGGGGAUGAAAAUAAAGUUCCA